AUGAUACUUGAUUUGACGGACUGGCAGAUUGCCGGCUUUUUCGGCUUCUUUUCUGCUUCAACCUUUCCUUUGGGGGCAGUGCUUGGCGUCUCCGCCUUUGUGCUACAGCGGAAGAUGAGCAACCGCCUGCUGGCGUUUUUCCUUUCUGUCGGCGCCGGUUCGCUAAUUUUCGCUGUGGCGGUUGAGGUGUACGCCGAGGGUCUGGAAGCCAUUGAGCAUGUACGUAGCGGCCGCUAUUCACUGCGUACUCUGGCGUACGUCGUGCAGAUGGUUUUUGCCGUCGUCGGCGCGCUGCUGUACCUGUGGCUUGAUCGCCAAGUCAACCGCAUCACUGGUUCCGUGCUCCGAGGCACGCCCCAGCAAACCCUAGGAAAAUUAGAUGAAGCAAACUGCGAUAAAGUGGGGGCGGGCGACAGCGGAGGUAUCAGGAACCACAAGCCUGAAGAAUCGGCUCGCGUCUUGGACUGGAAAGACGCUCCUACCGACGAAACUCGAGGGCUGUUGAGCUACAGAGCUGAAGAAGAUGAGGCAUCUCGUGCUUCCGUCGCUGGCGGAAGAGUUAUGAAUCUCUCAUCAUUGCCUUUACGGAUGGGCGACUCCCUCGCUCCGACUGCGUCUUCAGACGAUAGCGACGAUAAAUUACUCUCGAGCUACCAGGCGACUUCGCGGACCGGAUUCCCAGCGACGUCGAAGCGGCAGCCGUAUCCUGGCGGUAACCAGAAUCCCGACACAUCUGCGCAGUUUGAGUCGCUCGAAAAUCGCAUGCGAGCCGGGGUAACGGAAGCAGCCGACGAGGAACUGUGUAUGCUUGGGGCGGAAGACAAACAAUGGAGGGAAACACGUACCAGUGGACCCCGAACUGUGGCGCAGAGCUCAGGCAAACACUUGGGCGUCGCCUUGGUAUUGUGGGCGAGUCAAAUCGUCGAUGCCAUUCCCGAGGCGAUGAUGAUCGGAUUCCGAGUUGUUGGAAACAAGCUCUCGUGGGCGUUUGUUAUUUCGCUGUUCAUUGCAAAUUUCCCCGAGAGUUUUAGCGGAGGCUACAUGAUGAAGAAGGAAGGCUUUAGCUCAUGCCUUUCUUUCCUUAUGUGGCUUUCCGUGCCUGUAAUCACCGCAGCUGUGGCUGCGGCGACGGCGGCGAUUCAGAUCACCCCUGCUCAUUCUGUAUCUAUGCGGAUGCUUGACGCGGGAAUGCAGGGGACUGCUGCCGGGGCGAUGCUGGCGCUGUCGACUGCAUCGAUGCUUCCCGCUGCGUAUGAAGCUGGUGGCGUUUUAUCAGGGCUGUUCUGCGUCUUGGGAUUUUUAUUGUCUGUGUCGGUGCGCCUGUUUCUCGGUGUUCUUGAAGGCCCCUUGCCCUUAGGACAAGAAGCGGGAAUAAUCGAGCAUCACAUACGGCACGCCGGUGCGCCGGGUGCAUUUGCAGAGGAAUAUUUCGAUAGCUAUUAG